UUGUGAAGCAGCAUUAUCUAUCAUAAUGAUUUUUUCUCUCAAUGAAUUAGUUAGCUGGUUAGGCUUGACAGUUUUUGAAAUAUGGAUCAAUUUGGUAUCUUUGACAAUUUUUACUAUUUUACUUGCUUUAAAACUAGAUGAAAUAUAUUUUGUUGAAAGUUCAGGAUGGUGGAUCGUAUUUUCUCCACUGUUCAUUGCAGAUGCUUUAAAUACUUAUUUUUGUGCAAUAAUUUUUAUCAGAAUGCACAUGGAGGGCAUGAUGAAAGUUGGUAUACUUAGAACAUUAUGGAGCAUGGUUACAUUACUUUUACUUUUUGUUUUUAAGUACUUGUUGUGUAAGAAAUUAGCUGGACCUAGUAAUCUUGAUUAUUCAGAAGUACUAAGUCCAGUAUUUAUUCUUCUUCAGUUGAUAGCAAUAAGGGCUUGUCAACUUCAUUGACCUCACGAAGGAAAUGUAAGACACUUGUGUCAGCAAAGCAUACUUCCAUCUCAACCAGUAGCAAUUUAUAUGGAUACUGAGUUUAUUUCUCACGCAAGGUAACAAUAGUGCACAAACAUUGUAAGCAUAAAUUCAAUUGAAAGAUAUCAGGCAAAUCUAAUUCUUUAGCACAGAAUAAGUUUGUUAUCCAUAUAAAUUGCUUCAAUUGUUAAUUUGUAUUUGAGUAUAUUUUUGUUAUCCAAUAUCAGUCAAAAUAAAAUUAUCAAUAAAACUGGGGAAAGUAAAAGGAAAUGGUAUUACCUGUUCUAAAUGGGAAAUCUCACCAUGACUGAUGUUAUUACAUAAUUUUAAAAAUUUUAUUACUUUAUUGAGUUUCAUAGGAAAAAAAUGUAUAAAUGUAAAAAUUCAUUCAAUACUUUUUUAUAACUACUCUGUACAAAUGUAUUAUAGAAGAUAAUUCAAAAAUAUGGUUUAAGUGAAUACUCGUUUAAUUGAAUGUCGCCAUGUACAAGACACCGAUUUGUUAUUCGAUUUGUAGGAUAAAAUC